AUGGGUGUGCCGGCGGUGAUGACGAUGGGGAAGGGAGGGAGUCCGAAGAGUCCAGAGGCGAAGCUGGGAAUACAGGUAGAGGAUUUGUGGGACGAUCAAGAGCCACAACUGAGUCCAAUUGAGAAGCUCAAUUCUUGCUUUGAGGGUGUCCCUGUUUCUGCUUUCCUUCAUGCUCUUGAGAAUCAAGUGAUUGAGAUAAAGUCAGACACUAGUUUAGCAGAAGCUGUUAAAAUCCUGUCCCAACACAAAAUUCUUAGUGCAUCGGUGGUGGAUGUCGAUGCCCCUAAGGACGCUAGCUGGAUCGACAGAUACAUCGGUAUUGUUGAGUUUGCCAGAAUUGUUAUGUGGAUCCUGCAUCAGUCAGAACCACCGUCCCCAGAAGUUUUUCAAGGCUUUGACCUCUCCGAUUCCGCCUCCUCAUCCUCCGACGCUCAGUCCGCCGCAGCGUCCCCAAAGAUGACACCCGCAGAGAUAUGA